AGGACGGGUCGGGCAUAUUUGCUUGCUUAUUCAAGUGAUGCGGCUACUUUACCCAUCUGAUGUUGAGAACGCUGGUUGGACGGGGGAUAAUGGUAGCCAGACUCUAUCCACAUCUACCAAAGACAGCACACAAGACUUGGUUAACAGCACCCAGCAGAGCAAGACCUAUACUAUUGCAAGCUAGGAUGGCCUCUAGCGGUAGUGACAGCCAAGCCAGUGGUAGCAUGAUGGAGGCAGGCAACAACAGACUUGCACAAGAGAAAUCACCCUACUUGCUACAACAUGCCAGCAACCCUGUAGACUGGUAUCCUUGGGGUCAAGAAGCCUUUGAUAAAGCUAGAGUGGAAAACAAACUCAUCUUCCUUUCAGUUGGUAACAUGUCACUGGUGCCAUGUAAUGGAGAGGGAGUCCUUUGAGAACGUUGAUAUUGGAAAGCUGAUGAAUGAACACUACGUCAGCAUCAAGGUGGACAGAGAGGAGAGACCAGAUGUUGAUAGGGUCUAUAUGACAUUUAUUCAAGUA